AUGGCAAAGAUUGAUACCCCAAUUCCACUUCUGAAGCUGAAUGAUGGCAUUCAAGUGCCGAUGCUUGCUUACGGAACUGGUACAGCCUGGUAUAAAAAGCCCGAUCACUCGUCAAUUGAUCGCACACUAGUCGAUGCUAUAAAGACUGCCAUCAAGCUAGGUUACAAUCAUCUUGAUGCUGCCGAAACCUACAACACCGAAACAGAGGUUGGCGUUGCUAUCAAAGAAAGCAAAGUUCCCCGCGAGAAGCUCUUCGUCACGACGAAGGUUAUGCAAAGUGUGAAUGACAUCCCUAAGGGAAUUGACGCAAGCCUGAAGAAAUUGCAACUGGACUAUGUCGACCUGUAUCUCAUCCACGAGCCUUUCUUUGCCCAAUCGGAUGCCGACCUGCAAAAGGCAUGGACAGCGAUGGAGACCGUUAAGGCCUCGGGGAAAGCCAAAUCAAUAGGGGUAUCCAAUUACUUGAUCCCGCAGCUUGAAGCCACACUCAAGGUAGCCACCACGCCGCCGUCAAUCAAUCAAAUAGAGUAUCAUCCUUACCUUCAACAUGGUCCACUCAUUCCAUAUCACAAGGAGCAUGGUAUAGCCACAGCGGCGUAUGCACCGCUCGCUGCAGUAACGAAAGCGAAGCCUGGUCCACUAGAUGCGCUUUCGGCUGUGCUAGCGAAGAAGUAUUUCGUGUCUGAAGGUGAGAUUGCUUUGAGAUGGUGCAUCGACCAGGGGGUGGUAACGGUCACGACUUCCGGAAAGGAACAACGCCUGAGCGAUUACCUGCGAAGCAUGACGUUCAGUCUAACACCUCGUGAGGUCACGGAGGGCUUUUUGGUCAAAGAAGUUUGA